AUGGGCCUCCCGGGGCUGGCGCUGUGGCUGCUGGCGGCGGCGGGGCUCGUACGCGAGUCUCUGCAAGGCGAGUUCCAAAGGAAGCUUUACAAGGAGCUGCUGAAAAAUUACAACCCGUUGGAGCGUCCGGUUGCAAAUGAUUCCCAGCCACUCACUGUGUAUUUUACCCUCAGCCUCAUGCAGAUCAUGGAUGUGGAUGAAAAGAAUCAAGUAUUAACAACAAAUAUUUGGCUACAAAUGUACUGGACAGAUCAUUAUCUGCAGUGGAAUGUGUCUGAAUACCCAGGGGUGAAGAACGUUCGUUUUCCUGAUGGACUCAUUUGGAAGCCUGAUAUCCUUCUCUAUAACAGUGCUGAUGAAAGAUUUGAUGCUACUUUUCACACUAAUGUUUUAGUCAAUUCUUCAGGACAUUGCCAAUACCUGCCACCAGGCAUAUUUAAGAGCUCAUGCUACAUAGAUGUGCGCUGGUUUCCAUUUGAUGUUCAGAAAUGCAACCUGAAGUUUGGAUCCUGGACUUAUGGAGGCUGGUCUUUGGACUUACAAAUGCAAGAAGCAGAUAUAUCUGGCUAUAUUUCAAAUGGAGAGUGGGAUUUAGUAGGAGUUCCUGGGAAGAGAACUGAGAGCUUUUAUGAAUGCUGUAAAGAACCCUACCCAGAUGUAACCUUCACAGUUACUAUGAGACGUAGGACUCUUUACUAUGGGCUCAAUCUCCUUAUUCCUUGUGUCCUGAUAUCAGCACUUGCCUUGUUGGUUUUCCUGCUUCCAGCAGACUCGGGAGAAAAGAUCUCACUAGGUAUAACAGUUUUAUUGUCGCUCACUGUCUUCAUGCUGCUUGUGGCUGAAAUUAUGCCAGCAACCUCUGACUCUGUGCCCUUAAUUGCUCAGUAUUUUGCCAGCACUAUGAUUAUUGUUGGUCUUUCUGUUGUUGUCACCGUUAUUGUUCUGCAAUACCACCAUCAUGAUCCAGAUGGAGGAAAAAUGCCUAAAUGGACAAGAAUCAUCCUUCUGAACUGGUGUGCUUGGUUUCUGAGGAUGAAGAGACCGGGGGAAGAUAAAGUGCGUCCUGCCUGCCAGCAUAAACAGCGUCGCUGCAGCCUGUCCAGUGUGGAGAUGAACACUGUGAGUGGACAGCAAUCCAGUAAUGGGAACAUGCUGUACAUUGGGUUCAGGGGGCUGGAAGGGGUUCACUGCACACCCACCACUGAUUCAGGCGUGAUCUGUGGGAGGAUGACCUGCUCACCAACAGAUGAAGAAAACCUGCUGCACAGUGGCCACCCCUCUGAAGGUGACCCAGAUUUGGCUAAGAUUUUGGAAGAGGUCAGGUACAUUGCAAACAGAUUCAGAGACCAGGAUGAAGAGGAAGCCAUUUGCAAUGAAUGGAAAUUUGCAGCCUCUGUAGUGGAUCGGCUCUGCUUGAUGGCCUUUUCAGUCUUCACAAUCAUUUGUACAAUUGGUAUUUUAAUGUCAGCACCAAACUUUGUAGAGGCUGUGUCUAAAGAUUUUGCUUAA